AUGUCCCGCAAUGUCGGCGCCGCCCCGUCGGGCCCGCGCAAGGGACCGCCGUGGUCUCACCUCCGCGAACCCGUAACGCCUGGCAUCGAUCGCAAAUCCACGGCAUCGCCCAGCUCCAUCACCAGCACGUCGACUCGAUCCACCUUGCGGGAGGACAGGCCGCGCCGACUCGAGCGCAUCUGCAUCGUCGUGGUCGCGGAGGGAUAUAUGCGUGAUGAGGUGCUUCUAAAUCUCGACAUGGUGGGGCCGGAGGUGCGGCCGGGCAUGUUGAUGGCCAUCUCCGCGAUCAAAUCCGAAUCUGCGAAAGCCUCGGGCGGCCAUGGCAGCCUGAGCAGGCAAACCCACGAUGGGAAUGAGGCCGCAAAGGCGGCUGCGGCGCUGGCCAAGGACCGCGCCGCGCUGGGUCAUCGCUACAUUUUUGUCGUCAAGGACAUGCCCAGAGAAAUGAAGGCCCGCAACCAGGAUGCAGAGGUUUGCAUCGUUCGCCAAAUUUCAGAUGCAUUUGGCAUGAAACGAGGAACCCAAGUCCUUCUUACUCCCGUUGAUGAGGACCAUCGCGCCAUGGAGGCAUCUCAUGUUGAGCUUUGCUUCAGAGACGAAUAUCUGUCGCGCUCAGAUAUGUGGCGCCUGGCCGUUGACGAACUUACAGAGCGCACAGUCUACAAAGGCCAAUUGGUGUUGUUCAUGGGCACCAUCAAGGCUCAAGUCACUGCUGUUUUCGUUGAAGGCGAGAGCGUGCACUCUGGUCUUUUCGUUCGCGAUACUCGACCCAUCUUCCGAAGCGAAUCCGCCAGAUAUGUCUUGUUCAUCCAAAUGGCCAGGGAGAUGUGGGAUUUUGACACUGAGACGUCCGGGGAAAUCAUGUUCAACCGUGUCGUGAACGGCUUCCUGCCUGCUUUGUUCAAGCGCUGGGCUUUGCUCAAGGUAAAGCAUCUGGUCAGCAUUGUGUUAUUCGCGCGUGUGGAAUAUGACACUGGAUUCGCUUCUGACUUGGCAAGCGAGGGUCUGCUAGAUGACUACCUCACUGGAGUGCAGCCAUUUGGCAACAAGCGACCAUACAAAGACUUUUACCGCGUGGUUGUUAGCGACAUGUCUAGCGGCGAAUGGACCAAGAUUCUAUACCAGCUCAAGAGAGAGUUCAACUUCUUCCGCAGAGACAUCAGCCUCCACCAUCAGAGUGUGCCCCUCGCCAAGGGAGACGAGGCCAGUGGUGCAGAAAAUGAAGAAGCACUCGCAGCUUUGACACGCAUCAAAGCUGAACCCUCGUUAGCCAUUCAUGGUAAUGUUCUGGAAGCCAUCCACCUUGCCUCAUCUCAGUAUGCCCAUGAUUACAUUGAUCGAGAUCUCAAUAGAACCGGCAUCUCAAUCGCUGUCAUCACGCCAGGCCCGGGUAUUUUUGAGGUCGAUUACGAAACUUUGCGACGCACAACAGAGGCACUUGUGGGUAACGGUAUCGGCAUUGAUUUGAUUUGCUUGCCCGGAAUGCCGCUUCACUCCGUACCACUCUUCAAAUACCGAAAUCCUCACUUUUCAGAUCAGAGCAGCAAGCAUCAAAACGCUCUUGCCAGGUCCUUUCACAGCCACAACAGCACAGGGAGCCACCCAACCCCCAUCAUUGGUAGCUACCAGUCUUACUCCGAAUCAUUCUCCCCCAGUAAAAUCCCUCAGAAUAUGAUGAAACACGUCGAGUCGCUUACAUCUCUGCGAGACUCGGAAGAGUGGAGUUGUGCGCUGCCUCAGUGGCUGCACGUCUCGUUUUGGACGGACUCUGAUGAGUCUUUGGCAUAUGAAGGCAUCGCUUUGUCUGUUUCGACUGCCAAAGGCAAAAGUGAGGACGAUUUUGAGAUGCGAUGCCGGAUGUAUGGGCUUCAAAUGAGAAGCGCGCUAGACACCAACGAGAUUGAAACCGCGGCCUUGAGCUCGGAUCCCAAUUUUCCCACAAACACAUCGUUGUCGUCCAAGAAACGACAAGACAACGCGUCAGAUAACCUGUACGUGCCCUCUCGUAAGGCCCAGGAAGCCCUCGGAGACACUGUAUAUGGCUUUCAAAAAUUUGUGCCAGAGAAAAUAGCGCGUACCGGAGAUUUGACACUCUGGAAGAAACUACAGGCAUUUGAUGAUACUCGAGCCAAGCUGUCAGCAACUCCUAAACGCCGCCCACAGCAUCAUAAGCCAGCCAUAGACAUGGAGGAGAUGCCACGGAAAUACCAAGCCGAUGAUACAGCCGUGCUUGGCACUUCUGUUCCGGACCGAAUGACGCUUCAACCCCAGCAGCACCCGACCACACGCAAGUUUUCUAUGGCUGAAGCAGAGCGCCCACUACCCACGUCUGUUCAAAAGUCCCCUGAGCUGCCAAAGAAGAGCCUCAGCAAGACAUCUUCGGCCUCGUCGUUCACGACCAGGCAGCCUAAGCUAAUGCGUCACAUUAGCCUUGGGCAGCGCGGCUUCGGCAUUGCUGCGCCAAAAGCAGUCAUUGCGGAGCUCAAAGUUGAGACUGUCAACGCAUCUCCAGCCUUUUCUUUCGACCCACGGCCCUCCUUGAAUGCUCGGUCACUUUCUGACAUUAGACCGUCAACACCACAUAGCAUACGGAGCCAGUCGUCGACACUUACUGCCAAGAAAGUCAAGUCAAUUAAGUCGGAUGUGAGUGAGCUUGCGUCAGAGACGGCACCAACGACUCCAAGCAUUCCGAUCGCUCACAAAGAGAGGCAUACCCAAGAUCGUCCAGCCAACAACACUUUGAAGCCACCAGCACCCGCCCUGACGCCAUCCAAGUCACGCGAUAAACUACGCGAAGAUCGGGACCUGCGCUAUUCUAAUUUCAUUCGUUCUGAGGAUGUCCAAAAGAUGUACAACAGCAAGCUGAGAGCUGGUGUCGCUCCAGGGCUGCAGCUACAACCCGAACUCCCCACCACGCUGUCUCCCACUGCGGCAAUUACCCCGUGGCUUACCUUGCUGAACCCCUCGCAUCCGGAGAGAUAUCGCAUCGACGAUGCGAUUCUAUAUAGCAGGUGGCAGCAUGUGUUCCCAAAGCCAUCCGAAAUGAGAACUCAAAAGUGGAAAACCCUUUGUUGCCCGGCCUCGGUGCCUUUGACGACAGAGUAUUUUCCUUCAAAGGCACAAUUUGACGCCGAGUAUCAGAGACACCCCUAUAUUGUGGACCAGAACACCGAUGACGACCAAGAGCCCAUGUCAAGGAAAGACUUCAUGAAGGAACUGAUCAGUCUUCGCUUCUCACAAGGGUUCCAGGUUGUUGUAGGUGCUGCCGUCGCUAAAGCAUUUGGACAGAAGAUGAUCAAAAUCGCAGACAUCUUCUCGCGAGAUCAGACCUUCGAAGACGGGAACAGCGUCUUCAUGUCUGUGGGGAACACCAUUCAUCAGCUUUCCUGUGUUAACAGCAGCGAGAUCGAGGUCAACAUUUUUCUUAGAAAGCCCGCGCAGACAGCUUCCUCUGAAUUCUCGACGAUGUAUAAACCCGCCAUCCAAACAUUACUGGACUCCACGUACGAAACAAGACUGAUUGAGAUACUCAACCCCAAGCCAGAAAGAAACUGGAACACGAUAGAUUCAUACUUGGCCGGCCACCACGAAGAACUUAUGGAAAGCUUACGGUUCUGGCGAACCAGAUACGUGCUCAUCCCGCUGGGCAUGAGAUAUUCUGCCUCAACCAAGAGCCAUCUCGAAGACAACCCCGAAGAGGUUCGCAUUGAAGGCAUUCAGAGACUGGCCCAGAUGUGGAAGAAGCAUCGCUACGUGUCAGCUUCAGAGCGAAGAUUCCAGGGCCAAGCUAGGAGCCGCAUCUUGGACCAUAGUCCACUGAACAUCAUUUACAAAACCGACGACCCUUCGCUAGUUGUUGCAGCAGAGCUUGGAAACCUCCCCACACUUGAGAGCGUCGAGUACUCGUCAAGUAAUGGAAACUUGAUUGUUCGGAAAGAUUUAUUUCGACGAGCAAAUCUCAACCUGACAGCUUUGGCGGAAGCUCUGCAGCAGCCCAUUGACAGCGGCGGUGUUCCUCUGCGAAAUAGACGCUGGCAUCUGCGAACACAUAGCAAUGCAUUUAUUGGGUCGGACAUGACAACUUGGCUGCUGAAAAACUUUGAGGAUGUUGACAGCCGCGAAGAAGCGGAAGACUUGGGCAAUGCGCUCAUGGUAUCAGCACCAAAAGAGAAAGAGAGGAGUAAGGACGAAGAUGCCGAGAAGGGCAGUGAUGUUAAGAACGAAAAGCCCCGAGGUCUCUUUGUCCACGUCGAAAAGAGGCACCAAUUCCGUGAUGGAAACUACUACUACCAGAUUGCGCCCGAAUUUGCCAAGCCUCAGCCUGGCUGGUUUGGUAGCAAAAGGAAAGACGCGGUGUCGUCAUUGGCCGAUAGCAACGGUCGUGACUCACCGCGAGCUCCUGUUCCUCGCUCCGUCGCUGCUGCUGAAGAGCCCUCCUCUGGGACGCCUUCUCCAGGCGGCACGCAGUUGCCGGGUGCUAAUAAAGCUCAGAACCUCAACAUGCCGGUCAUUCAGCUCAGCAAGGUUUUGAAGUACGAUGUGGAUCAUCGAAAAAGAUCAUACCGUCCCGAACGGAUUGACCUGCACUACGAUCGCUUGCACAAUCCAGACAAUUGUUUCCAUGUCCGCAUCGAUUGGAUGAACACGACUGCAAAACUCGUCUUGGAUUGUGUAGAGCAGUGGGAGCGCGAAGCGAGCCAAUACGGUCUGCGCCUUGUGGAAGUGCCAAUCAAAGAAGCGUGCCGGAUCACGGAAGCUAACCCAUUCCGCAAGCCGCACGAAAUCGAACUUGUCGUUCCACCGCCCGACCAGAUGCCAGAGACGUACCUCGAUCCGAACUCGCUCGGUCCGGCAAGGGUGCAUAGCAAGCACUUUUACCAGACUGCGAUUCUCAAGCACUUUGACUUUGUGCUGGAUAUGGAGGCAGCCUCGAGCUUUCCCAGCAACGUGGACGUGCGCUACUCCUGGGGCAAACCGGACUUCAAAUACACCCAGUACAUCCACCGGACCGGCCUGCUGCUGGCUCAAGUCACCGACAAAGGCCACUUUAUUGUGCUGGCCAACAGGCUCUAUAGUAAACGAGUCUCUCUGGCCAGAGAAAAAGAGCUUCGGGUGCAGUCAAACGUGGAUAUUGCUCCAUCGUCAAACGCAGAACGCAGUGCGCGCCUCUUGUCUAUGGGUGGCUUCGCGUCAUCCAUGGCAAUGGCAAUGGCUGAACCAACGCCCAUCUCCUCGCCGAUUGCGCGUCCCACAUUCGGCCAUCUUUCUCCGGCCGUGGGACCCAGCGAUGUCCAUUCCUUGGGCACCUCGCAGCCAAGACCUUCUCAUCCGCCGCAUCGUGACAGCAGCAGCAGUCACCCCCAGCCGGCCCUUCGCCACUACCAUCACUACCUUCACCCGCUGCAGCAAACCAUGGAGCCCGAGGCCAUCAAGGACAUGCUUGAAGCAUUCUGCAAAGACGCAGAAGCGCUGGAGUCGUUUUACCGCGAUAUGCUGGAGCGUGGAGAGCGCGUCCCCGGCACGCCCAUGACGGUGUCCACGGUCUUGUCGGUUCCUGCGCUGGACCCUGUGCCAGAAUCCAGCAUUCCUUCGCUGGGCUUGCCGCCGGGUGUGCUGGCUGCCCAUCACCAGGACCAUUUGCUCGGCCCGGACGGCAGUGGGAGCACCGGAGGUGGUCUGCCGGCGAGCAUGCGCAACAGCAUUGGUAGCCCAAUGUCGAUCUUGCGAAGGGGCAGUGUUCAGUACGAUGGGAUGGGGCUCGGAUCAAAAAACACCAAAUAA